AUCGCGCAAGCGCAGCCGGCCGGGAGUCCCGCCGCCGCCGGUCCCGAGCCUGCAGAAGCGCCCGAGCUGCCGCCGCCACCGCCGCCGUUCGCCAUGGGUUCAGGCCCCCGGCUGCUGCCGCCUCUGGGGCUCUGCCUGUGGCUUUGCGUGCUUGUGCUUUCUGCGGGGGCCUCGGGGUCCUCGGGCGUCCGCAAGCGAGGCCCCACGGUGACGGCCAAGGUUUUCUUGGAUGUGAGGAUCGGAGACAAAGAUGUUGGCAGGAUAGUGAUUGGCCUCUUUGGAAAAGUUGUGCCCAAGACGGUGGACAAUUUUGUCGCUUUGGCCACAGGGGAGAAAGGAUAUGGAUAUAAAGGAAGCAAAUUUCAUCGUGUCAUCAAAGAUUUCAUGAUUCAAGGAGGAGACUUCACCAAUGGGGAUGGCACUGGCGGUAUAAGCAUUUACGGUGAGACAUUUCCAGAUGAGAACUUCAAGCUGAAGCAUUAUGGCAUUGGGUGGGUCAGCAUGGCCAAUGCCGGGCCUGACACCAAUGGCUCUCAGUUCUUCAUCACCUUGACCAAGCCCUCCUGGUUGGACGGCAAACAUGUGGUAUUUGGAAAAGUCAUCGAUGGCAUGACAGUGGUCCACUCCAUAGAACUUCAGGCAACUGAUGGGCACGACCGCCCACUCACCGACUGCUCCAUCGUCAACAGUGGCAAGAUAGACGUGAAAACACCCUUUGUGGUUGAGGUCCCCGACUGGUGAUGCAGCUGGCAGGAAACAAGGAACAUACUCUAUCAGGGUGUACAUGCGUGCGUGCGUGCGUGCGUGCGUGCGUGCGGGUCUUUUGAUUCUUCAAAGUUACUGUUUUGCUUUGUCUUUCUACUCUCUUCUGUUUUCCACUCCAGAUCACAGGAGAGUUAUAAAAAUCAACCAAAGUUUAUUUUGCAUGAAUUUUGUUAAAUCACUUGUUUAGGAACUUUGUACUUAAAAGACAUAUCCCCCUUCCUUCAAUGGUGCUAUUUUUAAACUAGAAAACUCGGUAUUCGCUAUUUUCUUUGGAAGAACACAAUCAUUAUUUUGCUGAAUUAACUGUGAUCCCCAAGUUAGGUGAUACUGAAGAUUUGUCAGGAAAAGAUGGGGACGUGAAGUGUAUUGUUUUGUAUUUAAACAGAAUUCAUUUUAGGUAAAGGGAGAUUUGAUUAGUAUAAUCUGAUAUAUGUCAUAGGAACCUUUACCUGAUGCAGGGUGCUCUGUUGUUCUCUGUAUUAAAUACUUUUUAUAUAGAUCA